AUGCCCCAUCUCUUGCCUGUCUUUCUUGCCACUCAGAGGUGUGUUUUUUAUAUGUAUGUGUAUGAAGAUGAGUGUGCUUGCAUGAAGGACAACAACUUCCUUGGCAAGUUUGAGCUCUCCGGUAUUCCUCCUGCUCCCUCAACUUGUGCAAGUGGAGAUGCUGCCCUCGCCACAAAAAAAUAUGACAGUGCUAUCACAACAAUGAUGGCAACUCAACGACACGACAACGACAAUGACAAUGACAAUGACAUGACAACAACGAACAACUAUGACUAUGGCUACGACUAUGAUGACGACCUGUUCUCUUGCACUCUUGCACUUUGA